UAUAUAUGGUUUGAAUUUGCAGGUUGCAUCACAACGAAGGAGCUUGGAACUGUUAUGCGAUCAUUGGGACAAAACCCAACUGAGGCAGAGCUUCAAGACAUGAUCAAUGAAGUAGAUGCUGACGGGAAUGGUACCAUUGACUUCCCUGAGUUUCUCAACCUCAUGGCAAGGAAGAUGAAGGACACCGACUCUGAGGAGGAGCUGAAAGAGGCAUUUCGGGUUUUCGACAAGGAUCAGAAUGGAUUCAUCUCUGCUGCCGAGCUUCGCCAUGUGAUGACCAACCUUGGUGAGAAGCUCACUGAUGAAGAAGUCGAUGAGAUGAUUCGAGAGGCUGAUGUUGAUGGUGAUGGCCAAAUAAACUACGAGGAAUUCGUUAAGGUGAUGAUGGCCAAGUGAUUGAUCUCUCCUAUUACUUGUAUAACAGUGCUUUGUAGUAGUCGUUGUCGUUUCUUACAUUUUUAAUUCAUGGUUAAAUGUUAAUUAGUGGUAAGUGUUGCUACUCAUGAUUGCUGUCGAAUGGUGUCUUAAUAGCUUUUCUUGUAAUUUUGUUCCUUAAAAAAGUUGUAAUGUUGAUUUCACUUCAGGUUCUACCACUUGUCAUUUUUUGGUGAAUGGUUACGAAUGUUACGUAUGCGAUUUUAUAAGUUUCACUAUUAGAUUUAUCCCUUUAA